AUGGUCUGGGGGCGCGGCUCGGUGGUUCGCGACGUCAAUGGCAAGGAGUACCUGGACUUCAACUCAGGCCAAAUGUGCGCGGCCUUGGGACACAACAACCCACGCAUCGUUCAGGCGCUUCACGAGAGCGGCGAAACGCUCAUUCACAGCCACAUGAGCAUGUUCAACGACCAGGAGAUCAUUCUUGCGGCGCGGCUAGCCGAGAUUGCUCCGGAGGGUAUGAACCGCUCAAUGUUCCUAACGUCGGGCAGCGAUUCCAACGAGGCCGCCAUGGCCAUCGCCAAGCGCUACACUGGUGGCUACGAGAUUGCCAGCCCGGCAGUCAGCUUCCACGGAAUGAACGACUCCACACGGGCCGUGACUUUCUCAGGGUGGCACGAGGGAUACGGUCCCUACGCGCCGGGCAAUUACCCGAUAAUCGCCCCAUAUCGCUACCGGUGCCGCUUCUGCCAGGACCGCCCUGCCUGCGAUUACUCGUGCCUUGACACCAGCUUCGAGCUCCUGGAUGCCCAGGCAGACGGGCCGCUUGCGGCAGUGAUCACGGAGCCGCUGUUCAGCGCUGGCGGUGUCAUAGACCUGCCGGCCGGCUGGCUGGCGGAGUUAAAGCGCCGGUGCGAAGCCAGAGGGGCAUUGCUGAUCGUGGACGAGGCCCAGACCGGUCUCGCCAAGUUGGGAACGAUGUGGGCCUUCGAGCACGAAGGGGUGGUUCCGGACAUCUUUACCAUCUCCAAGCACUUCGGCGGUGGGGUGGCUAUCAGCCUCGCGGCCAUCACCACCGACGAGAUUGAGGAGAAAGCCUCCGAAACGGGCUUGGUGGUCGGCCACUCCCAUUCGAACGACCCAUUGCCCUGCCAUGCGGCAAUCGCAAGCAUCGACAUCAUCCUCGAGGAGAUGCUGACCGACGUAGCCCAGCGCAUAGGGGCCUACUGGCGGGAGCACCUUGAGAGGCUGGCAUCGCGCCACGAGAUCAUCGGCGACAUUAGGGGACGGGGACUGUUGCAGGGAAUCGAACUAGUUUCAGACCGAGUUACCCGAGAGCCGGCCUAUGCACGGGGUCGGGAGAUAGGACGUCAUUGCUGGAGAACGGGUUGA